UGCCCCAAACUGUGCCCUAGGCCCGAUCCUAUUGUCCCACUCCCCCCUUUCUACAUGGCCGCCACAGCGGAGGCACGCGACCAGGGCAAGGCGCCUCUCCCCGGUCACGUGGCCAGCAGCCUCGCGCCAGCGGCGCGGGAAUGACCGUUGGACGAGAACCAGCCGCCAUUUUGUUUGCUCCCAGGACGAUGUGGCCGAGCCUCUGUGCCGCCGCCCUAGUGGCGGUGCUGCUGCGAGCGGGCCGCAGCGCCGGGCUCCUGGCCCCGCGGAGCUCCACGAGCAAGUGUGGAGAGCGGGUACUGGUGGAUAUGAUAUCAGGACCUCGGAUUGUAGGCGGACAUGAUGCACAGCUCGGAGCAUGGCCGUGGCAAGUUAGUCUCCAAGUUUACCAAUAUGGCGUAGGAUUUAAACAUCUGUGCGGUGGAUCUUUAAUUGAUGAGUAUUCAGUGCUGACAGCAGCGCAUUGUACUAGAGGACAUAUGGACCCAUACUACUGGAGGGUUGUGAUUGGCCUUCAUGAUACUUCCAGACCUGAGAGACAUACUGUGAAAAGUAGCGUGAGAGAGAUUUUUGUCCAUUCAGAAUUCAGAAUACAGACAUUUGAAAAUGAUAUUGCAUUAUUUAAACUAUAUAAAUCUGUAAACUACAAUGACUAUAUUCAGCCCAUCUGCUUACCCUUUGUUCACAUUCAUCUAAACAUCAACAACCAAACAGAGUGCUUCAUAAGUGGUUGGGGAAGUAUUGCAGAGAAAGGUGAAGGCUCACCUAUAUUACAAGAAGCUCCAGUAGACAUUAUUCCUUCUGAUAUUUGUAAUGGUUUUGAAUGGUAUGCAGGGAUGAUUAAUAAUAAUAUGUUUUGUGCUGGCUUGGAAUCUGGAGGUAUCGAUAGCUGUCAGGUAAGACUGGAAUUUUCUAUUUGUAAAUGUACUGUCCCAGCCUUCUGCCAUGGAAAUCUGACAUCAGAACUCUCAUUGGCUUCAUUGGGACCAGGAUUUUGGGCAUUAAUACAGUAGGAAUAAUAAACAGAAAACAAUGGUCAAGUCAGAAGAGUGAAAGGUAUCGGACAAACAAAAGGAAAGAAUGAUGAUUUUAGAGAAAAAUAAUCUGAAUUUAAAAACAGUGAUACACAGUAGAAGGAAAGACCAAGUUGACAGAAAGAAGGAAGAACAAAAACAAGACAAAUUGUUUGUUUAUGCAAUGCUUGACAUAAAGAUGAUUACAAUAAAAUACAAAAGGUUUUAUUUAUAUGUAUAAAUAUGCACAAACGGUGCACAUAUGUAAUUAUAUAAAUAUAAUGUGUCUGUGUAGCAUACAUCCACACUAAAUCUGUGCAUUUAAUAUAAGUUCAUGCUUCUUUGUGUUUGACAAGAAGUACCUAUACAUGUUGGUGAGCAAAGUGGUUUAGUUGCAAGAUUUUCAGAAGUGCUCAGAUCUUAGCAUCUCCCAUUGAGAUUAAUGGAGAAUCUUCACCGCACCAACCUUCAACCCCCCCUCAUUGAGAACAAUAGGAGCUGCUAGCUGCUGAGCUCUCUUGAAAAUCUGGCCCUAUGCAUAUAUGGCCCCAGUUUAGUCAAUGUGUCUUAGAGAAUAAAGACGAAAUACAGCAAAGGCAAUAGGGAAAGGAGGAAAUGAGACAAAAGUUACUAGCACAAAAUGAACAUCUAGGAUUCACUUUUAAGUCACCAGAACCCCUUAUAUAUUAAUUUCCUUCUAAUUUACCAUUGUUUAUAAUUAAUUUUGUGUGUACUAUGGGUGUAGUGAUGAUUUUCACAACAGCAUUGCCCUGAUGUUUCAAAGUCUUAAUACUAUGAUUUUGGCAUCAAACUGAUAAAAUUUCAUAAUUGUAUGCAGUGUUGUAGCUGAGUUGCUUGCAGAUUAUUAGAGAGACAAGAUAGGUGAGGUAAUAUCUUUAUUGGACCAACUUCUGUGGGUGAGACAGAUGAGCUUUUGAGCUUACACAGAGCUCUUAGAUGAAGAACUUUGUGUAGCUCAAAAGCUCAACUGUGUCACCCACAGAAGUUGGUGCAAUAAAAGAUAUUACCUUGUCUUGUCUCUCUAGCAUUUCAUAGUGCUGCUAAAACCAAGUCAUAACACUAUUAAAUAUCAUUAUUACAACAAGAAAAUUGAGUAUUUCUGACUUCUCCUACUCUUUACUGAGAGAUUCUAUUGAAAUCUCUUGCACCAUUUACUAACUUCAAAACUAUACACUAAAGCAAUAAAUAAGCAAACAAGUAUAAAAGGAUAUUAUUACAUUUUGUGGUCUGAUGAUAAGCUGUUGGAGUUCCACUCAAUUGGAGUUCCACUCAAUUGUGGAGUCACCAAGACUCCUCAUUAGUAUUAUAUAAUUUUAAUAAGAAUGGCCAUACGGGGUUAGACCAAAGGUCCAUCUAGUCCAGUAUCCUGUCUUCCAACAGUGGCCAAUGCCAGGUGCUUCAGAGGGAAUGAACAGAACAGGUAGUCAUGAAAUGAUCCAUCCCCUGUCGCCCAUUCCCAGCUUCUGGCAAAGAGAGGCUAGGGACACUUCAGAGCAUGGUUUUGCACCCCUCCCCAUCCUGGCUAAUAGCCAUUGAUGGACUUACCUCCAUGAACUUACCUAGUUCUUUUUUGAACGGUUAUAGUCUUGGUCUUCACAACAUCUUCUGGCAAAGAGUUCACAGGCUGACUCUGCGUUUUGUGAAGAAACAGUUCCUUUUGUUUGUUUUAAACUUGCUGCCUAUCAAUUUCAUUUGGUGACCCCUAGUUCUUCCUUAUUUAUAGGGCCCUACUAAAUUCACCGUUGCUUUUGGUCAAUUUCAUGGUCAUAGGAUUUUAAAAAUCAUAAAUGUAACGGUUUCAGAUACUUAAAUGUGAAAGUUCAGAGUGUUGUAGCCGUGGGGGGGGCCACAACCCAAAGGGACGUCAUGGGAGGGUGUCGCAGUACUGCCGCCCUUACUUCUGCGCUGUUGCUGGCACUGCCCUCAGCGCUGGGCAGCCAGAGAUCUGCAGCUGCUGGCCGGGCGCUUGGCUCUGAAGGCAACACGACCGCCAACAGCAGUGGAGAAGUGAGGGUGGCAUGACACGGGGGGAGCCUCACUUUUGGGGCUGGCCUUAUGGGUGAGCGACGGCCCAGGGUACCAUGGUGUGCGUGGGGGUUUCCAUGAUCACCUCUCCCACACACACAGCCAGCCCAAGGCACCUUUAACUCCUGAGCACCGGGGCGCUGGGCCCAGAGCCAGGGAGGGGCAGGCCUGCAGGCACCCUCCCUGAGGGCUCCUAUCAUAUGUCAGGCUCCAGCUGCUGGUCCUGGACGGGCUGGUGUGGGAUGGGACCUCCUUUUAACCUGCAGGGGCCUCUCCUGGGGCCAGGUCAGCCCCACCUCCAGGAACUACCCCCAGCUGCCGGAAGCAGUGCAGAAAUAAGGAUGGCAUGGUACGGUACUCCUUUAUUGCUGUGGUGCUGCCUUCAGAGCUGGGCUGUCACACAGCAGCCGCCCCUUUCCAGCCGCCCAGCUCUGAAGGCAGCGCGGAAGUAAAGGUGGCAAUAUAGCAAUCCCCCCUAGAAUCGCCUUGAGACACCCCCCCACCCCAUACCCCACUUUUGGUUUGGAACACCAGUUUGAGAAAUGCUGGUCUCCCCUGUGAAAACUGUAUAGUAUAGGGUAAAGUACACAAAAGACCAGAUUUCAUGAUCUGUGAUGAGUUUUUCAUGGCUGUGAAUUUGUUAGGGCCCUACUUAUUUACUUUCUCCACACCAGUCAUGAUUUUAUAGAUCUCUAUCAUAUCCCCCCUUAAUCGUCUGUUUUCCAAGCUGAAAAGUCUUAGUCUUAGGGAGGAUCCUUACUGUACUGAUCUGUUUACACUGCAAGCAUGCUAUGUAACCAGCUCUCCACAUGGAGUACACAGCAUGCAGCUUUGUAGCAUGGCAGUACCUCUCCAUAGAACAGGGGUUCUCAAAGUGGGGGUCAGGACCCCUCAGGGAGUUGAGGUUAUUACAUGGGAGUCGCGAGCUGUCAACCUCCACCCGAAGCCCUGCUUUGCCUCCAGCAUUUAUACUGGUGUUAGAUAAAAAAGUGUUUUUAAUUUAUAAGGGGGGGUUUGCACUGAGAGACUUGCUGUUUGAAAAGGGUCACCAGUAAAAAAGUUUGAAAGCUACUGCCAUAGAACACUGAUUACGAUUCAGUUCAUGCCAUAACUGAUACAAUGGACCUGGAAGACAUUAAUAGUAAAACUUAGUCAAAGGAAUGUAGAAGUAAUAAGACAUACCACAUACCGUAGAGGCUGUAGAACUGUCUUAUUUACUUCUUCAAUGAGGAAGCUGUAUUUAACUUGAUUUGAUUCUUGCUAGUUUUACCAUCAGUAUUCAAGUCAAAGGGCAUGAAUUUGCAAUAGGACUUCAAGGUUUGGGCCUUAGAGUGCAGAUAUUGGGCCCAUUAAUGUGAAAGACAGGUAGUUUAUUUUCUAUAAUUAAAGAUGAUAGUGUAUUCACAAGCAUUCUGUCUACCAUCCUAUCCACCUUCUUCAGCAGUCUUCCUUUGAACAGGUGAUUUGGGAAUUGAUCAAGCCAUUACUGUUUAUACAGUGGAACUCAGCAUUUAUUUGCAUAUAUGCAUAAUUCAGAUAGAUAACUGAAUUUAAAUUCAGUUAUUAAUUUGUAGAUAUGUAGCUUAAGGGUGAUCUGAAUGCUAGAAUGUAGACCUGUGGAGGAGAUAAAUUUUUGAGAACUUUAGUAAUAUAGACUAUAAGAAACCUAUUGUAGGUAUGAUAGUCUGGCCUGGUUAAGGUUACCAGAUGCAAAUUUAUCAUGAUUCAUCCAUAUAUUUGGGAUAUAAUUUUUUUCUUUUUACCAUUAGUAAAAGUUAGAUAAUUAUAAUCUUAAUUCUAAUGUUCUGUGCCUUAGAAUUUCAAAAUACUAGAAAUAACAAUAUGGGGUCUGUGUGUGUGUCAUUUUUGUCUUGUUAGGGAGAUAGCGGUGGACCGUUAGUGUGCUAUCACCUAGGUACCAGCAAAUAUUAUCUGAUAGGGAUUACCAGUUUUGGAUUUGGAUGUGGCCGACCCAAACUUCCUGGGAUCUAUGUACGUGUAUCUCGAUAUAAAAAGUGGAUAAGUGCUCAUCUUAUUAGUGCCACCAGGACCCUGAGCACUACACUUGCUCUGAUUCUGUUGACGGUGGGGUGGACAGCACACUGCCAUUUGGUUGCACUAGAGACUUGAGAGGCCUCUCUCAGAUUCUCUGCAUGACCAGGCAGCCACUCGUGCUUUUUAUAAAUACGUACCCUUAAUGACUGUGGGUAAAUGCUCCUUGUUUAGUAAAAGGCAUAUGGUUUUUCCUUUUCUCUAGCCAACUCACCCAUGUGCACAUCCUGCCAUAAAGCAUUUUUUAAAAAAUAUUAUCACAGGUAUAAGUAAAAACUAUUCACAAUAGAGAAAGAUGCUGUACAAUUGCAUGAGUAUAUUCUAGGGGGCUUGAACUUUACAAGCAUGAUGAAAACCAGCCUGUUUUAUAGCAUGUUGUUAUAAGGUUAUAGUUGUUGUUCAUUAAAUGAAGGACCAUGAAAGAAAAUGUACAUUACAGUGGUUGGCUGGCACAGCACAGUGGUCCCUUGUUUGUUAAGGUAAAGCAGAAAAUUCAUAAUUUAAGAAAAUCAUAAUGUGUAUUCUAGUCUAGGCUUAAAGGGACGUUGUCAUGUAAGUGAUUGUUCAAUAUUGUAACAUCUUAGCAUCUUUAAAAUAAAAUGUAUUUUCCACCCAGAUA